UGUUUUUCCACAAAUUAUUUCAGGAAAGCCCAAGGUGUAUCAAGGUGUUAGAGUAAAGAUUACAGUUAAGGAGUUACUGCAGCAGAGAAGAGCACGGCAAGCAGCAACUGGUGCAGCGGUUUCUUGGGGCAGCAGCAGCAUCCAGUUCUCAGAGUCCGUGUCUCCUCCUCACCCAGAACCCAUCUCUUCUGUUCCCAACUAUUGUCCAUCAUGGCAGUUUUCGAAUUGCCUGUCCUGCGAAGAAAGCCCUAGCUAUUUGGAGCAGCUGGUAGAUUCCUGCCUUCAGACAGAUGCACCCUUAGACCCAGCCUUCAGCACUUUCCAGACGUCCUCGCACUACACCUCAGACACCUUCCAGCCAGUCCCACUCUGCUUUAACCAGGACCUGGCUGCCGAUUUUCCCAGUUCAACUAAUCCGUCCAGCCCAUUAAACUACAGCUGCUCUCCUCCUCAGCUAUCUCCUUUCACCUCGCUGACCCACAGCCCACCCUCUGCUCUGGACACCAAGGCCUAUGGCUGCCCUGCGGAGGAGUGGUCCUGCCAUGCCCCCUCCUCCCCAUACGCCACCUCUGCCUGCUGCUGCACUGCCUGUGGCUCCGAGCACGCGGACAACAGGGUUCCGCAGUACUUCCCCUGUCCCAGCACGGACUGCAUGGACUACCUACCACCCAUGGCCAUGGCUGAUGACUUCUUCAGAAGGGAUAUGAACUGUGACAUCUGCUAUAGCUAA